AUGUCCUGGGUUGGGUUAGGAUGGUGCAUGAAAGCAGCCCCAUCAACUCAGUUCAUCAACGGUCCAGGUCCACUGUCCAUAUUCAUCGCUCACAUCCAAGACGGCCACGUCGUUGUUAUCGUCGUCGAUCCCAGCUCAAAUGGACCAGGCGGCAUUAAAAAUGCGGGCUUUUUCCAACGAAAUUUGGAUAACACGGCAAAAUACCUCAAGGCACGCCGUCGAAGCGACUACUGGACCUUGUAG